AUGGGCCCUGGGAUCCUCAAUGAUUCAGGAACCUCAGAGUUCCUGCUGCUGGGGCUGUGGGCCCCACCUUCCUUUCGUCCUCUGCUGUGGGCCUCCCUUCUCCUAGCUUACCUUGCCACGGUGUUGGGUAAUGGUGCCCUAGUGGGACUGAUAACCCUGGACAGAAGACUGCACCGACCCAUGUACCGCCUGCUGACCCACCUGGCCCUGCUGGACACAGCCUAUGUGAGCACCACGCUGCCUCAGGCGCUGGCACACAUGGCCAUGCGCCGCGCUCACCUCUCAAUGGCACGCUGUGGUGCACAGCUGUAUGUGGGCAUCUCCCUGGGCAGCUGCGAGGCUAUCCUAUUGGCCACGAUGGCUCUGGACCGCUGCCUGGCUGUGUGUAGACCCCUGCAUUAUGCGACUCUGGUGACCGCGCCUCGCUGUGCAGCGCUGGCCGGAGCAUCCUGGACUCUGGGCUUUGUGUUGUCUGUGCCCAACGCGGUGGCUGCACUGCGCCUGCCCUUCUGUCCCGGGAGGCCGGCUGUGGACCAUUUCUUCUGUGAGCUGCCUGCGGUGUUGAGGACAGCCUGUGCAGACACCACAGCCAACUACAGGCUGGUCUACGGCCUGGGCGUGCCAAUCCUUUUGGUACCCUUAGUCCUCAUCCUAGCCUCCUACACCUGGAUUCUGGCUGCAGUGCUCAAGUUGCCUUCUGCUGGGAGUCGCCGCAAGGCCCUGUCCACCUGCAGCUCACACUUGGCGGUAGUGGGGCUCUUCUAUGGCACAGUGAGUGCCAUGUACCUGCGGCCACGAGCUCUCCCCGCUAGACACCAUAAACUGGUGGCCGUCUUCUACCUGGUGGUCACACCUGUCCUCAAUCCACUCAUCUACAGCCUUCGAAACCACGAGGUCCACAUGGCAGCCCGCUAUGCUCUGGCUCGGCUGCGGGGGAUGCGCACUGUUCUGCAUUAA